ACUUUGAUUGUGGUUCAGACUGGAUGUUCCGUUGAUCCAUCCCUCCACCUCUCCGUAAACCAGAGAACGGAUCUGAUGACAAGACUGCAGAGAGACGACCAUCUGCUAUGGCCAGUGCAACUGAUGGUGUAGGCAGUCUGGGGGCUGAGCACAACCACCUGAGCAUCCCUGUUUCUGAUCAUGGAGCCUGGGCUACAGCCAUGAACAACCUGGGCAUCAUGCCGGUGGGCAUCAGCGGGCAGCAGCUGGUUUCAGAGUCUCUGUGUAUCCAGAGAUUCGACCCUGGCCUGGGCCUCAUCGCUCCCAUAAACCCCAUGAUGGCGGGCAUCAGCCUGGUCCCGCCUCCACCCAUUCCCCCCGACGUGCCCGUCGUCAAGGAGAUCAUCCACUGCCAGAACUGCACUCUGUUUCCUCAGAACCCCAAUCUGCCGCCUCCAUCGACUCGGGAGCGCCCCCCCGGCUGUAAAACGGUGUUUGUGGGAGGACUGCCGGAGAACGCCACGGAGGAAAUCAUCAGGGAGGUGUUCGACCAGUGCGGGGAGAUCAUCGCCAUCCGCAAGAGCAAGAAGAACUUCUGUCACAUCCGCUUCAGCGAGGAGUUCAUGGUGGACAAGGCCCUCUACCUGUCAGGAUAUCGAAUGCGCCUCGGGUCCAGCACGGAUAAGAAGGACUCUGGGAGGAUCCACGUGGACUUCGCCCAGGCCAGGGACGACCUGUACGAGUGGGAGUGUCAGCAGCGCCUGCUGGCCCGGGAGGAGAGGCACCGCCGCAAGGUCCACGAGGACCGGCUCCGGCCGCCCUCCCCCCCGCCCAUCGUCCACUUCUCCGAACACGAGGCGGCCAUGCUGGCAGAGAAGCUGAAAGAUGACCAUAAAUUCAGUGAGGCCACGGCGGUGCUCUUCACCUGGAUCGACCGUGGCGAAGUGAACCGCCGGACUGCGAAUCAGUUCUACUCCAUGAUCCAGUCGGCCAACAGCCACGUCCGCCGGCUGAUGAGUGAGAAAGCCCUGCACGAGGAGGAGAUGGAGCGCGCCAAAGAAGCCUUCAAGAACGCCCUGAUGGCCAUUUUAACACAGUUCGAGCAGAUCACCACCGUUUUCUCCGCCGCCACCCGGCAAAAGGCAUGGGACCAUUUCUCAAAAGCACAGCGCAAGAACAUAGACAUUUGGCGCAAGCAGUGUGAGGAGCUGAGAAAUGCCCACAGCGAGGAGAUCAUGGGCAUCAGGCGAGAGGAGGAGAUGGAGAUGUCGGAAGAUGAUUCGGAUGAGAUCCCCUGCAAGAGGAUACGCGCGGAUACGGAAAAUGGAGUUUGUGAUCAGACUCAGACCUCUCUGAGGGAGGAGAACGACUCCCUGCGCUGGCAGCUGGAUGCCUACAGGAACGAAGUGGAUCUCUUAAGGAAGGAGCAGAGAGGAGCCGGCCGCCCAGAUGACGAUCGCCUUCACACGCAAACGCACGCUCACGCAAACGGCGCCGAGGCUCAGAUCCAGCAGCUGCAGCAGAGCAUGCACAGCAUGCAGCAGCAACUCCUGAGCUUGCAGGAGAAGCUGUCGAGUAAAGAAACGGAGCUGGAGCAGGCGAGAGAGGAGCAUCGCUACCUGGAGGGGGAGGUGCUCUCCCUCAGAGACAAGCUGCUGAGCAGUAAUGGAGAGGCUUUGGAGGGAACCAACGGAGAGCUCCAUGAAAAGGGGAUGAACGGCUCUCAUCCUGCGGUGUUCCUCAGCAGAGACAGGAGGAGUGAGUUGAUUAGAGGAGUCGCAUCAGAAAAAGAAGCCCUACUUUUAGGCAUCAUAUCGACCUUCCUCCACGUCCAUCCAUUUGGGGCCAAUCUCGAAUAUCUCUGGUCAUACAUACAGAGACUGGACUCAAAGGUUUCUGCCGGGGAGCUGGAGCGUCUCAUGGUCCGGCUGCCCGCCAUGUUCCGGCAGGAGCUGAGCGGCGUGGGCGCCACUCUGGAGAAACGCUGGAAGUUCUGCGGUUUCGACAGCCUCAGCUCGGCGUGACACACAGAGAACCACCAAGUUUCGGACCUUUAAUCGUGUGUGUGUGUGUGUGCGAGUCUAAGCAGUCUUGGCAGCGUGAGGUACUGUGAUAUUCCUUCAAUCCGACACUGGAAGAUCGUGGAAAACGAAAAGGACAAACUCCCGAACGAUUCUUACGCGCUGUUGGCUCCUGGAUGAUGGGUCCAGGUGAAGCUCUUUUUUCCCUCAAGGUGCACCUGCAGCAGGAUAUUUCUACACGUCAGUCUGACGACUUCUGAUUCUGCUCCGGACUGAUCUCCCGGUUGUUCUGUGGCAGCUCCCAGCAGCAGCCGCCGGGAAGAACUAAAACAGUUAUACCAAAGUUGAUCCUUUUAGAGAUUUCGUGUCAGACCUCAUUUUCUUAUCUGUUGAGCGGGAGUCUUCAUUCCCAUCUUGUCUAAAAAUGUCUGGGUACUGUAGCGGAGUUUCUGCAGGGCUUCCUGUCGAAUCAUUUUGAAACCAUACGUCAAAUAAUGUUAAAGUUUGUGCAACAACUAACUGGACGGAAACCUGAAAGGUAAAUCUGUGCUCUCCGAAUGUGCAGAUGUUACCUUCCACAACAGUUCAUCGGAAGUUGUCAGACCCCUUUCUUGUUGAUCGUUGGUUUUACACUUUCAUUUCUGUAAACUGGGAUUGUGGACACCCUUUUGGGCAGUUUUUCCUCCCCCUGACUCGGUGCACUUUUACCACAGCGCUCAAUUUGACGCUGGGGUUAAAGCCAGGGAGCAAAAGUUUGCUCGAGCAGUAAACAUUACAGAUUAAACAAAGAGGAUGUUUUAAGGUUAUUUUAAGGGAUUUUCAAAACUUUUCAGUCCCAGAAAAGCAGCUCCAACUUGGGAAAGGUGCAGCGAAUUCUGCAAAUUCAAAAUAUUUGUGUGUUCAACCGAUGGGAUGAGAUUGUUAUUGAAAGUAGUAUUAAAAAGGGCAACGAUAAUGAGACCCAGAGAACUUAAAACCAUUUGCACAAACCAGUGUUUUAGAGCUAAAGUCUAUUCAAAUUAAAGAGAGAAUUGGAACCAGGCUGAGUGUGCACUUGAAAGCUUUUAGCUAAUGCUAAUCAUGAAGUCAAACCACUCUGCAACAGGUUCAUCUGCUUGUGAAAAAGCUUUUUCCGCAGCAGGAUUUGAGUCUGGCCGAAGUUUUCACAACGGCUGGACAUGUUUUCAAUUUCGUUUAUUCAGCUUCGUGCUGAAAUCCGCUCGUCCCUCGAUGGCUGUUUCUGCUCUCACCCAUGUUGACACUUUACACUUCACACAACGAGUCGUCUCCCACGAGGGGUCGGAGUGAGACUUUUCCUUUGGAGGAGAUCCUCCCCUCCGUAACAACCUGAGCCCAUCACUUGUAAAUACAAGAGAUUGGGCUUGGCUGUGCAGGAGUUUAGCGCUGCUGUGAGGCUAGGCGAGUCUGACAGCAGAGAUGUUUAUCAGAUGUCAGAAAUCCAGAGCAGACUGUAACAGAUACACCGGCCCGGGUCGAGAGAUGAACACACACCGCCAGCAAACAGUAUGGUAAUUUGACGACACACUCCAAAAUAACUUCCAUUAGGUAAGUUUUUCCCCCAAAGGAUGAAACUGAUCAGCAAAGAGUUUUAUGAGAUUUUCGGAUGUUUAUCUUCAGAAACUCCCCUCUCCCACAAAACCAGUGCACGUAUGGCAGGUGAUGGUUUGGGAGUCUCCAUGUUAUUUCCUCUGCCAGGUGUUUGUGGAUUCAAGAAAUGGAUAGUUUGUUCUCCCCUGAGCAACAAAGAGCAGCUUUUCUUCCCCACAGAGAUCACCAUGGACACCUUCAAAGAGCAAACAUAUUAUAUUUGGGCCGAAUUGCAAGAAGAGGAUGGAAAUGAGAUUUUUAUGGUCAGUUUCCGGCUUACAUGGCGUACCAGUUCUUAUCAUUUUUUAUCGAGUACUUGCUUGUUACUUAGGUAACUACAGGGGAGGUCUUUGUUACCAGCUUGUUAUCAAACUAUUACCUUUUGGUGUGACGUAAAGUGGAGCCAGGUUUUGUUUUGUGCAAUUUAAGAUUUGUCCGUUUUCAUUUAUUUAUUUCAUUUUCAUUUUUGAAGAUGCUGUUUGCCGAAGGCAGCAGAGAUGUUUUACUGCCACGAGUUACAGAUUGAAAUGAAUAAUUAAAAGAGCAAAGCUUUAUAAUUGCACUGACUGUUUUUGAGUUAUCAGAGGACCAUGUCAGAUAAUGCCAUUAAUUUCAAACAUUUGAUAAGCAGAUUUACUUGUUUUUCAGAGCCAAGCACUCCGUGAACUCUGUAUCAAGGAAUAUAAGUUAUGGUGAACAUGAAGGACGCAUCCCAAAUAAAUGGAUUUGCUGUGCAAAAGCGUUUUGUGAUUAAAAAAUUAUUCU